AUGUCAUCAGAUUCCUUAAAUAUCGCCCGACGAAAGCUAAAUGAGGUGUUAGGUGAUAAAAACACGAAAUAUUUCAAUCAUAUGAAGCAGUGGUUUCGCAUGAAACUCACUAAAGAAGAAUUCGAUGCGGAAGCUCGAGUGUUGUUAAGUCCAGACCAAGUACACUUUCACAAUGAAUUUCUUCUCGCUUUAUUGAAUAAAGUCGAAGGUUUGGCUGAAACUUCGAUAUCAAUUGCUCAGGAGAGAGCUGUCUCACACAACAGAAACACCAGGCGACAUAAACGGAAUUCGCGAACGUCAGAGAAGUCUAACUUCGAAUCUGCUGAUUUAUUGGAAUAUUUACCACCCAGUUCACCUCCGGGGGCUGGCAGUGAUGGUGUGAAAUAUGCAACUCAGGAAAUAUUUUUACCCGAUCAUGCCUUAGUAGUCGGGCGAUUCAUGCUUGCCGCAUGGGAACUAGGUUUAGAAGGAGCUGAUGAUGAGGCAGCAGAUCUCAUUGUAGCCGCUGUACAGAACUUCCUUAAGAACAUAAUCAGUGCUGUGGUCACACAACGGAAAGGUUAUAAGCGGAGACAUAAAAAUUUCAUCUAUGAUAUUGGAGGCGACAUGCCGAACAUGUGGUUGAGAAAUACAAAUAACUUGUACGACCCACAAACAGAUGGAAGGGUUAAUUUGGAUGAUAGUCUAGAUGCAUUGGGUCCAAGAUGCCCACCUACUAUUGAUGAGGUUGAACAAAAUGCGGCAUAUGAAAUCGCUUGCAGCGUCCCGAACACAGAAGUGAACGAUGACAAACUGACCAUUGAGGAUUUUUACGAUACAUUACUAACUAACAAGAAUAUUAUCGCCUGCCAUUCAAUAUAUGCCAUCAAUAUGGAAAGAUUAGCCGUUAUGUUGAACCAUCCAAGCUAUUAG